AUGGCAGGGUCCAUCAUGACAAAAUUAACUGGUCUGCCAGUUAUUUCUAACAUUGCUGAUACAAGUAGCGGUGGAUUUGGACGUGUAAAUGUCAUCUUGCCAAGACCAACAAGGAUUCACAGAGCAGAUUACGAUAUCGCAAAGCUACAAGCUGGUGCAAGUGAGAACGAAAUGUUAUCACUCGUAUAA